UUAGGUUAGCUAUGCUACAAUCUUUACUGUACCCAGCGCUAGCUAUAUGCGCCCCGCACCGCACCACUCUGGAUAUCUGGGAAUAAUCAACUUCCAGCUUGUCGCACCCUGCAACCAGAGACCGUACACAGGACAUUACCCAGAGUGCUGCUGGCCCGAGGAUCGUCCAGAAAGGAGAAAGAAGAGAGGGAGAGAUAAAGCGAGAGGCCGAGGAGGACAAACGGUGAUUGGAGGAGGAGGUGGAGCCUCUGGAAGAGCCCCUCCCCCUCCACUGAAGCCCCUCCCCUCUGAGGAAGUGCACUUGAGCGCCGCUGCUGUCUGUGAUGCCCUCCCAUGACGCCCAGGUCAGUAGCUGACACUGCCAGUGAGCGGGAGACGCCACUGCACAACCGGUCCUGGGCCGGCACCGUCAGCCGGUUCUCGCCCUCCCUCUCUCACGCUGGAGACUCCACCUCCACCCACCUUCCAGUAUCCACAACCAUCAGCUCCGAUCCACCCCAGUAAGACCCCCUCAAAAACCGACACGCUGACGUCCUUGGCAAGCACCAGCAGCAGCAGCAGCAGCCAAAAACCACAAUAUCUCCAACACAAUCAGCAACACCAGCACCACCAUUAUCACCAGCAGCAGCAGCAGCCGUCAUGUCCAGCCGUAGAAAGUCCUCUACGCCCUGCAUGGUUCGGGUCAUCAGUGACCUGCCUGAGGAGCAAGAAGACCCGGAGGAGCUGAUGGACAUGGAAAUAUUGACAGACAACAACGUGACAGAAAAAGUUCAGUCCGAAUCAUUUGAAUCUGCAGAAAAUAGUCAACACGCCCAGCAGGAGAAGCCAGAGAACCCAGACCAGCAGAUGUUUCCCAAACCAGUAGAAAACCAGAAUCCUGAGCCAUUAGAACAAGAGGAGCUGUCGGGCAAAGAUGACCAACCCCCUGUCAUCGACGAUGUGGAAGCCAGAGAAGAGAAAGACAGGGGAGGGGCCGAAUCUGACCCGGCAUCCCAGAAAAAGCAAUCCAGAGGCUACGAGUGCAAAUACUGCCCGUUCUCAACACAGAACCUGAAUGACUUUAAAGAACACGUGGACUCAAGCCACCCUAACGUCAUUCUCAAUCCGUUGUACCUCUGUGCUGUCUGCAAGUUUAACACCAAGAAGUUUGACUCGCUCACAGAGCACAAUGAGAGCCAACACCCGGGUGAGACAAACUUCAAGUUCAAGAGGAUAAAAAUGAACAAUCAGACUAUUUUAGAACAGACAAUCGACGGCAAGGACAAUUCAGCUGAAUGUGAACUGACAAAUGAACAGGGUGAAAGCAGCAACAGCUCUGUGUUUCCACCUUGCAUAUCCACGACGGUGAAAACCCCAGACAAUAUCCAGUCACUCUAUCAAGGGAGUGAACUGAAAAGCCAGCUGGAUGGCCUAAUCCAGAAGGAUCAAAUCACAGCAGUAAACAUCAACGGAACAGUCAUCAUCCCUGAACCCACCAUCCUUCAAGGGCUUUCCCAUGUCACCCCAAUGCUCCAGCGCCCGCCCAACUUCAACUCUGUACCAAAAAUAGCUGUUCCCUUGAACACCACCAAAUAUAACCCUUCUUUAGAUGACAACCUGACAUUGAUCACCUCCUUCAAUAAGUUUCCUUACCCGACACAUGCUGAGCUGUCGUGGCUCACGGCUGCCUCCAAGCACCCGGAGGAACAGAUCAAAGUCUGGUUUACCACCCAGCGGCUAAAGCAAGGCAUCACCUGGUCCCCGGAGGAGGUGGAAGAAGCCAGAAAGAAAAUGUUCAAUGGCUCCAUCCCCCCUGCCCAUCACAUGUUCACCGUCCUGCCUACAAGCCCCAUCUCUCAGCCGUCUGCCAAAGCCUCCCAGCAGCCUGUUGUCCACACCACAAUUGAGCAUCCAGGUCAUGUCCGGACAACCGCGUCUAAUGGGGUGAGUGUAGUCACCACCACAAACUCUCCUGCCGGAGCCACCAUUGGCUCCAGCCACACCCUAAAACGACCCCUGCCAGCACACCUGACGACAGUGUUCGGCCCGGAGUCUAAGCGACCUGUCAUGGCAGUCGCUCCCCAUUCUGGUGACCCUAAAGACAAGGGCCUCAUGGCACCUCCUCCACCCCCUCCGCCCCCAAAGGACCGCCUCCCAAUGGCUCCGCCUCCUGUUCCCAUGGAGAUGAAGAGACCCGUAGCAGUUCCUCUGGUCACCACAGAGAUGAAGAGGUUAUCCACUGCUGUGCCUUUAAUGCCACCACCAUCUUCGUUGUCAUCAUCUUCAUCUUUGUUGUCCAAAGGGAAGAUUCUCUCGGCGUUAGGAAGCCUCAAAACAAAGCCGGUGGUAUCGCUGCCCUCCAUAGUCUUUCCAGAGUCCUUAACAAGGCCAAUGAUAGCUCCCCCACCCAUCUGUGCCCCUCCUUUUAAAAACUCGUUACUUGUUCCUCGUACUCCGCCCAUCACUUCCAAAGAAAAACACCCCAGUACCCAUGCUUUGCCAGCUACUGAUUUGAAGCUGCCACACUCCCCUCCACUCGUUACCCCACAGAUAAGGAGACCGACCAUUAUUCAGUCCAUUCGCGCUCCGGCUAAAGCGCCACCCCAGAUUCCAGGUUUCCCCUUGGAUGGCAAGAAACUAAAAGAGCAGCAAGGAGUGGAGCUGAAAGCCGGCUACCCCAGAGUGGACAAGGUACUCACUCCUCUGGCAGAGGCCAAUGGGACGUCUCGCACAGAUGGCAAAUGGCCCCACAGUCAGACCUCCCCUGCUCACAACAACGGAGUUAUACAUUUGGAUGGCAGUGAGCCACCAGCAGCACUGAAACCAGAUUUUCAGCAAAAGUCCUCAGUGCUGACGCAGUUCCCCUUGCUGGAGAGGAUGAAAGGAAAGACAGCUGAACAGUUGAAGGUCCUGGAGGAGAACUUCUUGAGGAACAGCUUCCCUACACACAGCGAUGUGGACAAUCUGUCAGCCACCACCCAUCUGUCUCACCAGGAAAUCGACAGCUGGUUCGUGGAACGCCGUGCACUACGUGACAACCUGGAACAAGCACUUCUGAACUCUAUGGGCACUAAGAGAAUUGGCGUGGGUGGCAUCCCUGCCAUCACUGAGAAAAGACUACAUCAGCAGCAACAGCAACACCAAACUCUACAGCUGAAUGGGAUUCACAAACCAAGCACCGGUGUGGGCCAUCUCAAAAGCCCUCCUCCACCUGCACACACUCUGGCCAUCAUUGCUCCUGGCACCCUUACACCCUCCGUCCCCAAUCCGAAUUCCUGCACAGUGCCUCCAGACAGCCGAUCCCUGGCGCUCCUCAAGGACGAUUUUGCUCAAACACGGUGGCCUUCCCCUGAGGAGUUCAGCCAGCUGGAGGGUCGGACAGGACUGGCUUGCGCCGACCUCGCCCGCUGGUUCAACGACAGCCGGCUGCAGAGCGGUAGCAUGGAGCUGACAGAACUUUUACACAACAAUGGAGUAAAUGGAGGACAGGGGCUGCCUGUGUGCUCCCCCGAAGAUGCUCCCUCCAGCAUAAUCCAGCGCUGUCAGGAAGCACCUCUAACAAACAACAACAGUAAGGUGCUGGAGGUUGAGUUGGGUUGGCUGAUGGAGCAGCGCGCCAACAGCCUCAGCAGUCAACAGCAUGAUGAGCUCCAUGACCGGUUCGCUGGCAGACUGAGGCAGCAGAACGUGGCAGAGCUGAAGAACGGGGGACAGAACGGGGGAGUCGUGGGAGGAGCACGGGACGUGUUUGGGAGCUGGCUGGAGGACGGACGCUCGCGGAGAGGACGGGAGCUGCUCCUAGACAGAGACAGGAAGAUGACGGAGGACACGUCUGGGAGGCUGACUGGAUAAACAGUGCGAAUAGGAUUUGCCGCCAUCGCCGUCACUGCUGCUGGAAACAUACAGAAGGAGGAAAAACCGAAGAAUGGAGCAACAAAAGAAGAGUUUUUUUUUAAUUAUCAGAUAUUGUAUUUUUUUCUUUUUUCUUUUUUUACCGAUUUUUAUCUUUUGAUUGUCGCAUUGCAGAUCACGCACAACAUCCUCCUCCGUCAUGUCAGAGGUAAUCUCGUCAGUUCCCGACCUGAAGUAACCCCUCCACAGAUGUGACGUUCACUACAAAAAGCUGAGUUUAAAUAAGACGGGGGGCUCCGGGGUGGCAGAUUUUAUUUUGGCGAGGCGUAAACACGCUCCCCAAUUUGAAAUCUGAAGAGCGCAAGGAGAAAUUCAGGGUCACGGUCUGUGAGGAUAAUUGAAAUUGCCCUCCCUUACAGUGAAUCUCAAAUUGCUGCUUUCUUUUCAUUUUUCACACUGAUGUGAGUUUUACAAUACUGUUACAAUACAGUACAAUACAGGAGCAAAUCUUCACCCUGUAUCCGCAGAGACGAGGCUCAGCACACAAACACCACCUCAGAUGCAGCUCGCAGGUGAGGCCAGGAUUUCAAAAGGCUAUAAACAAUCAUAACGAGUGAUCAAAGGUGUGACAGGCCCUUCCUUUUAAGGUGGAAUCUGUCUUUCUUCAGAAGGACAUGGUUCUUAAAAUCCCAAAAAAUACCUUUAAAGAGGUGGAUUGGUUUCUGAUCAGUCAUACCGGUCCCUAUCAUCCCUGAACUUUCCUGGAGUGGGUUUUAUUAGAGCUACUUUUGGAGGCUUGGAAACCAAAUCUGGUGAAGCUGAACAACUUUUUGUGGAAAAUAUGUCACCGGUGUUUAUCAGAGACACACGUUAGUCAAACCGAUUCGUCACAAAAAUAAGAAACUGCUGCCCCUUUAACAUCAGCAUCCCCUUUAAUGUAGUUUAAGAUAAAUGGCACUGGUUCCUGAACAUGUCCUCAGUGUCCCAGUUUCAUCAUACACACCAGCACACUGUGGACUAAUGUUGACAAGGAGUUUAAAAGGUACGGCACCAACUGAGCAUUGAAGUGAAAUCACUGUACGCUUCACAUGAGCAAAUUCUGAGCAAAUUCAGUCUCAACUUUGGAGACACUUGGAAAUGUCAACUAUUUUCUGAGCUUUCAGUCGUAUCACAUGGUCUUCAUCGGCAGAGUUGACUUUCAGAAGGACAAAACGUCCUAACACGGUGUGUGAUAUGAAACGGGACACAGUGUUCAGUGUUUCCUGAAGAACUGAACCUUCCCUUUAAGAGACUGUCCAAAUACCAGGAGGACGAAUGCAUUAACAAACGUCCCUUUAAUCCAAAGCGUUGUUAACACCACGCUUUCUGUUCAGACAUGGGCCUGAGCUUUCAGAAUAUCCCAUUGUGUUUCAGUUUCCUCUGUUGAGUCUUCGAGGUUCAAAGCAUCAGUAACACAAACAAGGGACUGUUGGGAACUGUAUUGGCCUCUGUGACAAAAUUAUGGACAGUGUCUGGAAAGGUUUUGACUUUCCCUGCCACACUGGGACAUCCUGGUAGUAACAGUAGAAGAUUCCAACCCCAGGACUCAGUCAGUGUGUUCACCAAAAAAGAUGGCUAAUCCUGAUCUUGCUUUUCAAAUAGACUUUGGUUAAUAAUCCCUAACCUUAACAAACUUCACCAUCCCUUUACUUCAAGGUGCUCUGUAAUUGAUCAGAUCAAUAAGGUUGGUUUGUUUACAAACUGAACUUUCCCUUUAAGAGGAGGCUUGAUUAGUAUGUUGAAGGUCACCAUCGUCGUGAGUCUCACGUUCCCUUUAACGGGGAGUUUAAACAGUAAUCAGUGACGCUGGUGCUGGUCUGGAAACAUUCAACCAGAGGGGGCAGCGAACAAAAGUGAAAUACCAGUAAGGCCGGUGGUGAUGAAAGAAAUCAAACCUGACACGUGUGUGGAGCGAUGAAGGAGACUAGAACCUUCUUUGCAUUAAGACGUGAAACCAACAGAAGAUUUCCGUCAGAUUUCCCUUUUGUUCUCCAUGUUUCCAUCGUCUGAGCUCUGACUCCAGCUCUUUGAAUGGAGACUUAAAUUUAAGUUUAACUGAAACUUUAGCUUCCUGAGCAGCUGCUUCAGAGGGAGAGGGCUGAUUUGUAUGUAGAGGUCUGGAUAGGCUCCCUUUAGUAGGAGGAGACUUCAACAUUCCCUUUAAGUGGGAGUUUGAUGAAUGAUUCAGAACAUUUGUACCUUUCUAAACCUUCACCUCAGAGGGAGGAAGCUUGGUUUGGUUUUGUCCUGAACAUCCUGAACCUUAAUUAUCUGCAUCUUAACGUUGUAAACUUCCCCUUUAAGAUGAAACUUGGUCGUUUAUCAGCACUUCACUGUAAGGCCCUAAACCCCUCCGUCGGUCUGGAGGAAGCAGCAUCCGUCACGUGAGAGGGGGAUUAGCAGGUCGGGAGCUCGGGCGGAUGGAUGGACGGACAUUUGUGGCUGAGGUGAUGUGCGUGACCUGUGUUGCCGUGGAGACGUGAGGAGGAGGAGGGUGAACCGGAGCACUGAAUGUGUGCCUGCAGCAGCAGUCUGACUGUACACGCCGACUGACCGACGGGGUGGAUUUAAAACAAACAAACAA